ACUCUCAUCACGAUCACAAGGAGACGACAUCUCGCCGCGCGAGGUUGUCGUUCCCGCGAAAGAUGCGCAUCAAACACGAGUGACUGAUACAUAUAAAUUAUAAGUGCCUUACAGCUUUUAAGUGUUUAUUAGACUAUUUUAUAAGAAAAAACAAUCUGUGUUAAAUUCAAGUUGUCGUGAUAAGUGAGAGACUGGAAGGAGAAUUCGGAAUUUGGACUUUUUGUUAUAAUUAUUUCACUGUUGUCCGAUAGCGUGAAAAUUAUCCACGAUUGGGCGUCGCCGCGGUCGCGCGUCGCGGGCCAUGCAGGGAGCCGCCACUGCGCCUGCGCCCCCCGCGGCCGAGCCGCCUACGUCACAACAAAUCAAAACAGAGGAUAUCAGCGAGGCCAAAGUUGACACCGAUCAAGAAGACAUGAAGAUCGAACACCACGAGACGCGAGCGACGCGGACGACGAGUAUCGACAGCGAUAAUCGCUCGGAUAGAAGCGAUGAGGAAGACUGUAGAAGAGCGAGGAAAAGAGCGGCGUCAACGUCCCCGUCUCCAAUACCGUUGGACAAGAGGACAGCGCGAUUCGAGUGUCAGAAAUGCUAUCAGCGCUUUGACUCUAUUAACGCCUUCGAUCUCCAUCGAUUCACGGCGCACAGUGACGACAACAGAACCGGUUUCGAUGACUACAUCGAUUAUUCUGGAAAGAAGUAUCGAGAUAUACACAGUCCCCAUAUCUCAAUAUCGGAACAACGGUUCCGUUGCGAACACUGUUUGCGCGACUUCCCGUCGGGACAAAUACUGAAUAUCCACAGGAAAACAUGCACUGCGGCUACCAGAAUAUCCAGCCCGGAUCGCGAUCGCAGAGACGAUUUCUUCGCGAAACUUGAUCUUAGAAAUAGACCAUUAGGUAUCCCUGGUACCUUGACCCCACCGAUGGAUCGCUUUACGCCAAAGUUCGAUGACGGGCAUCUUUCUAACGGUAUAAGACACAUCGAUGCAGCGCGAGAUUUAGCUGACAUACAGUCUAUUCUAAAUGUUACAUCCGCUGGCAGCCUCUUAGAAAGAUUAACAGGAACUAGAGUAGCCCUUGAAAGUGCGGUAUUAACUCCACCCGAUACUGUAAUUAAAGAUCGUGAUCAAGAAGAAACUCAAGAUAAUUUUGCAGCUGAAUUCAGGCGUAUGAAACUGCGUGGUGAGUUUCCAUGUAGGCUUUGUCCUGCUAAAUUUCCAAACCUAAGAGCCUUAAAAGGACACAACAGAGUACAUCUAAGCGGCACUGGACCUGGGCCUUAUCAGUGCAACAUGUGUCCUCAUGCAUCUUUAGAUAAAGCAGCUUUGGUAAGGCAUAUGCGCACACAUAAUGGAGACAGACCGUACGAAUGCGCUGUGUGCAACUAUGCAUUUACUACAAAAGCAAAUUGUGAACGUCAUUUACGCAACAGGCACGCCAAAAUCACGAGAGAAGACGUCAAACGUUCAAUUAUUUAUCAUCCAUCAGAGGAUCCAAACAAUGAUGAAGUGAACUCUAAACUUGCACGAGAAGAAGUCAAAAGAUCGCUGGCCUUCCACACACCUGAGAUCGAAAGACGUAGUGAACCUACAGGUCGGAAUACACCAUUGACUCAUUACACUCCCACUUUCAUAACUGAUAGACAUCCAGUAACAGCUCUCACAAAAGCUUUGCCCGAUUCACCUACAUUAACAGCUAGAGAAGGCGAAAAUCCCAUGCCCAGAAUAAAGGUAAAAGGUAUAGGGCAACUUACGCAAAUACCGGAGUACCGUCCUCCUGAAGUAGCUUUUAAGCCUAAUGAUAUUCCCCUGGAAAAUUACAACGAAGCUCCAGUAGAUCUCAGCACAAGUGAUAACAACAGUUGUGAUGUUUUAGAUCUUAGUAAGAAAAAGCGUGACACGGAUGAUGAUGAACCAAAACCUCCCCCACGCCCAACUUUCGAUAGUACAGCUGCUGCCACUGCGGCUGCUUCGGCGUUCGAAAAAACAAGAUUACUACUAGCUCAACAAAGACUUUUCGAAUCCUCUCUACCUAAAAUCGAUCCUGCAUACUAUGCAACUCAACUAUCUCAACUUUAUGCCAGUUCUGUACCUGGGCUACCAGGUUUGCCAUUGCCACCUUCUUUCCCUAUCAAUCCUUAUUUUCUUCAAACAUCUUUUUUUCCCCACCCAACUGACUCUCAAGAAAUAGCGGAAAUAAAGCAACGGAUACAGAAGGAAAUAAUCCGUGGUCUAAGUAUGUCCGGUGGCAGAAUCGUGACAAAUGAACCCGAAACUCAGCCAAAACAAGAGCCAGAAGACGAGGAUCAAAAACCUAUUCAAGUUGAUACAUGUCCGACUCCGCCGCCGCGCCCUGAAUCUCCACGCCCUUUAAACAACAACGUGCCUCAAAAUGAUUCUGUAAAAAUGGUGAUAAAGAACGGUGUGCUUAUGCCAAAACAGAAACAAAGGCGUUAUCGCACUGAACGACCAUUUUCUUGCUCCCAGUGUUCGGCGAGAUUUACAUUAAGAUCUAACAUGGAGCGCCAUGUAAAACAGCAGCACCCUCAACACUGGAGCGUCAGACGACCAACGCCGAGAGCUCCUCCACCUUAUCCUUCAUCUGAUACUUUAGCUGACAGAGUGAAGUAUGCAUUAUUGGCUCGUCAUUUAGAAAGACCUUUACAGUCCGAUCGCUCUCCAGUCAGGAGAGACUCAGAUGAAGUUGCCGAUAAUGAAGAAGAUGAAGACGAUGCAUUAGUUAUAGACGAGGAACCAGAAGAUAGGAAACCUGAAGAUAAUACGGCCGCCCAUCGUGCUGCAGCAGAAAUUCUCAUGGCGUCACGCCAACAGGAACUCAACAAAGAUUUUGAUCUUAAAAUCGCAGGAAAUCUUAUAAACAAACCGAUUCCUAUCACAGCUGAGAAAGCAGAUACUGAGACAGUUUCUGUCUCGAAUCAAGAACCCCUACUAUCUGUUGUGCCUACGCGUAGCGAUGAGGAAGAAGACGAGGAAGGCUUGGUCGCCUCAACUAGCGAGGGAAAUAACUCCGGAAGCGAUGAAAAUAAGUCAGAGUCCGACACGGGUACCCAGCCACCGAAAAAGAAGUCCGCUUACAGUUUAGCACCAAACCGAGUCUCCUGUCCAUACUGCCACCGCAAAUUCCCUUGGUCCUCCUCCCUUCGGAGACACGUCCUCACGCACACCGGCCAAAAGCCUUUCAAGUGUCCCCACUGUCCCCUUCUCUUUACCACCAAAUCCAACUGCGACCGCCACUUAUUGAGGAAACACGGGGGAUCUGCCAAAGCGAUAUUAGCGGAGCCCAUUCAAGAUAUCAAUCCGCCUCAGAAUGACAGAUCAGUGCCCGAUCGGCCUUACAAAUGCGCGUCAUGCCCCACAAGCACUUUCUCGUCAAUGGAUACAUUGAAGAAGCAUAUGUCCUCGCGUCAUGCGGUGGGAGAUUCACAGCCUUGCUCCCCGAAUCCAGAAAUUGAUGAUACUGAUGCCAGUUUGGUUUUCAAGUGCCAUUUGUGCGAAGCUUCCUUUGGGGACAGGACGGGCGCGUUGGGGCAUUUGUCGUCGGCGCAUUCUGCUGAGUACGAGCAGUUAGUGAGCAAGGGUGCUCUGGACGUGGCGAGCGACCGCAGCGAAAGCGCCGAUGAUGAUGAACGGGGGAAGUUUCCAGAUCACGCUAAUAGAAAGGUCGUAUGCGCUUUCUGCAUCCGUCGCUUCUGGUCGGCCGAGGACUUGCGUCGUCACAUGCGGACGCACUCGGGCGAGCGUCCAUUCGCCUGCGACCUGUGCAGACGCCGGUUCACGCUGAAGCACAGCAUGCUCCGGCACAGGAAGAAGCACAGGGAAGACACAGAUGACGAGGAAUCCUCACCGAGGGACGACGCUAACACUAAUGGAUACUGCUAUCAAGAAGACGACUCCGGCAACGAGAUCCCAACCAACGUAAACAACAACAACUCGCCCCCAGCGGCACCUUACGACAAGAAACUGAAACUCCAGAUGACGUCACGCAAAUACUCCUCAGAGGCUGAAAACGACGCCGAAAAUGGCGGGGACCUCAUCGGAAAGCUCCUCGGCAUCCCAGACAAGACUAUCAUCAACAAGCUCCUGUCCUCCGCGGACGAGGCGGCCAAGUUCCUCGGGGUGAAGAAAUGAGAAUACGCUUUAGUCCUCGUCACACCAGCUAGGCUUAUUCUAGCGCCGCGAGGACUAAAAGUUCCAUUUUCAAAACCGAACGCUGCUGCCGAGACCAAGUCAUGUACAACGCCAUCUACCAACGAAUAGCUGUAUUAACAUUAGUUGUAUUAUUUCGCUACUAGCCGACUACUGCUAUCUACCAAUGAAUAGGUUUAUGAAUUUUACUGAAAACUUAAGCUGGAUAUGCUCGGUAACUUUCGCUUGGAUAUUAUAAAUAUCGCUCUUGAAAAGUUUUGUAUACUUUAGUCUAUUGGAUGAAAAAAACACGUGUAACCAAUUUAAUAUUGGAAUAAUAAAUAAUUUUUAAUUACUUAAACGAUUUGAACAUAUUUUGCACUGUAGAAAAUAAGUUAUACAGUUUUAACUAGUAUCCAAAACUACAACGCCAUCUAUCAACGAUUAGAUAUUAUUGUAUUUUGUAAAAAUCCGCUUAACAUCGUCUCUAAGUUUUACACAUAAAAAAUUAUACUGUCAAAUUAUUUUAUUUUAUAAAAUGACUCUGUAAAUAAGGAUUUAUUUUUAAGAUACGUAGGUGCCUUUAGAUGCCUUAGUAUAGUGUAAACCGUCCUAUAAUGCCUUGUUUUAGGUACUACUUGUAUAUAAUAUUAAAAAUUGUGGGUGUCACCAACGAAUAUUUUUAGUGCCAGUUUUUUAAGUACACUGUCAAGUGUCAUAAUUUUUUUAUGACGCUGAAAUAUUAACGUUCUAUCUGUGUGUUUAUAUAUUAUAAAGUUAGUCGAAAGUUUACAUAGAUUUUUAUAAAUUCAAACACAAACAUUACUAUACAAUUUUUCAGAUUGAUGAAAAUGACUUUCACUUUGAGACUUAUGUCUAAUGUUUGUGGUGAGUUUAAUAUUGUAAUUUAACUAGUAACUAUACCUUCGACACGUUUGCAUUUUCAUCUAGUCCCAUCUUAUUCACGUUUUUAUGACUCAAUCACGUUAAUGAUAUCACCAUUACUUAUUUUUAUAGUUGUGAGUUUCAGCCAAAAAUCUUUUCGCAAAUCCAAAAUUUUCUAGUCAAUUUUCUCUAAAAUAAAAAUUUGAAUUAAAUAUAACCAAAUGUCAGUUACAUUUUACAUUCACUUUUACAUUAUGAGUAAGAUACUUUAAUGUUUGAUAGUUAUUCAAUAAGCUUGAUACAGGAAGACGUUAUUACCCUUAAGAGUCUUGCUAGUGGUAUGGGGUCUAUGCCCCAUAUCACUCCAGGGAUAAUAACAUCUUACUGACCUCAUACCAUAAUAUUCUACCAAUGAAUAGUUGUAUAAUCGGUAUAGCAGUAGCAACAUUAAAAUGUAAGUAGGUUUGAGUAGAUAUUCGAUCUAGCGUUACAUUUUUUACUAUAUCUUUUAUGCCUUCAAUUACUACACCGCAUUGGUUUGACUGGAAUAAGGAAUAAGUAUCUACGUACGUUAGCAAUUACUUUUAAGUUCUAUUUUAUUUUUCUCAUAUUUUUGGUCUUUUUAAAAAUUGUUAUUAUGAAUUUCUAACUUUUAUUUAAUUUCAGUUUUAACCACCUUUAUCAAAUAUCUGUUAAUUUAUCUAAUUAUUUUCAAACAAACUAAGUACGUACUAAUACACAGACAGCUUCUGGACAGCUGUGUAUAAACGAAAACAUAUUUUAGUCAAUUCAAUGCAUAUGAUAGACACUAUAUAUAUAAAUAUGUAUAUAUUAUAUACCUAGUAGGUAUUACCGUUUUGUAUUUGUAAAUAACAAAUGUAUCUAAGUCUAAAAUCUUAAAUAGUUUUGUGUUGUAGGGUAAAACUUUUGUUUGCUCAAAUCCAUGGCAUUUCUUUAUGACAAAGACUAAUUGCUUGUAAGAAAGUUUAGGAUCUCUUUUAUUAUAAACUUGUAUAGCUUAAUGUAAACCAAAGGAGUCGGUGAAUUUUUGUUUACCGUGAACGAAGUAAUUUUUGAUAUUUUUUUAAGAAUAAUAAUGUUUUAUUAGAAUUAUUCAGAGUUAUUUUAUUUCCGUUUUUAAGUAUAUUGCAUACAUGGUGCAUUAUUAUUAUGUUAUGGGUUUAAAACUCGAUAUGAAAUAAUUAGUUUAGUCUUAGUAAUGUUCAGUCUCCUACGUGGAUCGACGAAUCAUACGCUAGAAUAUACCUAAGUUCGAAUUUUGCUUUGUAUUAUAAAAGAUGCUACACUAUAAACCAAAUACAAAAUAUAAGACAUAGUUAUUUUAGAUGAUGUAUAUUAUAUAAUUACAUAUUUUUAAUUAAGUCAAUAAAUUUACUAAUGUAACAUCUCUUGCAUAAGCAAUAAUUAUCUAAAUUAGUUAAUUUUGUCAUGGCUAUUUAAACUAGUUCGUAUUAUUGUAGCUUAAAAUUAAUAGAAACAAUAAUAAUUAGUAUUGUUAUUUUAAAUUUCGAUAUCCUGCUUAAUGUCAAUUAUAGUUAGACGGAAUGGAAAAGUUUCAAAUUAUGUAAAUUAUACUUUCCUUCCAAUUUGGAAAUAAUUAUUAUUAUUAAAAUAAAUGAUUAAUUUGCUGCACUUUUAUUGUCAGUAAUAAAGUUAAAUGGAUAAUAAAAUGUAAUGAUACCUGUGCUUAUAAUAAUAAUUAUAUCAAUGUAUACUUACAUAAAAUAUUAUAAAAGAUAAGUUUAGACAUUAAAUUAUCGUACUUAUUUAGAUAUAAUUUUAAAUUAAGGUUUAUUUAUAAGAUGUGGCAACACCGCUUGGCCUUUCAAAAGUAGUUCGUGUGUUUUAAUAUAUUACUGUUAUUUAAGAAGUUUACUGUUAAAAAUAAAUUAAAAUUUACCAACAUUAUGCAUGAUUAAAUGGUAAUAAUUAUAGUUAUUAUUCAUUAUCAUAGAACGUGUAUUUACUAUUUCACUUUUGCCUCUCUUAAAUAUUUUUUUGCAAUACGAGUGUCGUUUUAAAAACGUUUUUUGUGAAAUAUAUUAUGGUGGAUUAAUAAAGAAAUACUGCUUUUA